GUUUACCUGCACUGUGUUACACUGAGCUGGUUCUGGUGUUUUAACCUUUGUUAAAACAGCAUUAUCCUCAUUAAGCAAGGGCUUGUUGCAGGGCUGCGUCACUUUGAGCCUUGUGUACCUCAUAAACUGACAACUAUUAUUAUUAUUUCUUAUUUUAUCUGAUGAAUGAGUUCAACUGUUUUAAGUUGAGUCCUCAGUCAGUGCUGCUGGCGCCUCCUGGAGGCCACAGCGAGCUACUCUGAACCAUGAUGUCCUGUGUGUCCAGAGCUAACUGUGCCGAGUACUUCCCCAUCUUCAUCACGGUCCUGUGGAUGUCUGGAGUCUUCUUCAGCCAAGGUCUGUCCUCCCUCUGUGGCCUGCUCUACUUGUACGCACGCUUCCGCUACUUUCAUGGAUACUCGCAGUCGGCACAGGAACGGCUGGCUCCUUUGUAUUUCAGCGCUCAGGUUCUCUGGGUUCUGAUCGGGUUCUCGUGUCUCGGUGUUUUCCUCUCCUUCUGCCGAGUUUACCUGAACGUGGACCUGCUUCAGGUGUUUGGCUCUGCCCUUGACCCGUUCUGAAGAGGAGGAGAGAUGGAAGAACCCACGGUGCUGUGAGCUGGAAAGGUCAAAGGUCAUGGUUCAGGAUGUUUGUUUUCAGUGGUGGUGGUAAAAUCUGUUACUAUCCCUGAGGUUUUGGAUCUCUUUGUGUUCGGUAACCUAUAAAUGUACAUUUCUUCAGGAGUUUGGUUUGUUGAUUGAUUGAUUGAUUAAUUGAAUUUCAGAAAUAAAGUCACUCAUUGUGUAUUUGAGUACUGACUGUAAUGUUGUUUCUCCAGACAGUAAGA